CUUUCAGUUGUGCUUCUGCCUUGCUUGUGUGCUUCUCCAGGCUUGUUUUCGUCUCCUUCUUUCGAUAAACGUGAAGUUUCAGCCUUUACAUUGGCGGCCAUCUUGAAAUAUUUCACUAUACACAAUAUUUCACCUUACAUGAAGUAUACAACAUAUAUGAUUAAAAAUAAAAUAAAAUAAAAUGGACUGAAGUGAAAGGUUUAUUUUUAAAAGAAAUAAAGAAAAUGGGUCUCUUGACAAUUUUAAGAAAGAUGAAACAAAAAGAGCGAGAAGUCCGUUUAUUGAUGCUGUAUCCUUUUAUAUAUAAAUGAUUAUCAUUCUGAAACGUUGUGGCUGACAGACAAUCUUAGUAUAUUUAUAUUAUAUUCAUGUUAAAUUGACAUAAUUUUAAUUCUUGAUAUUGAAUUGAUUCGGCCUCAAAAUAUUCGUAUUACAGUAAUUUAAUACCAUCAAGGCCCAACACUUUCCCUUGACAAGAUUUGGUAUUAAAUUUGGCUGCAUUCAAAGCACAUUGCCAGUUUAUAAUGUUUAAUAUUUAACCCUUUAAGUGGCAAUGCACCCCAUUUUAUUUUGCUCUAUUGCUAGACAAUUUUGCUUGUCAGGGGGAGAGUGCUGCAACUCAAAACAUUUUAUAAAAAACUUAACUAAGACCCAGAGGACUUGACAAUGCAGGGAAAACAACAAUAUUGAAGAAGUUUAAUGGUGAAGACAUUGACGAGAUCUCACCAACACUUGGGUUUAAUAUUAAAACACUAGAACAUCGAGAGUAAUACUCUUAUAUUUAUUUAUUGUUACUACUGCGGAUUCAGGUAGACUGUGAAAUGCGAAUAGUUGUCGCGUUAGUUUUAACAGUUGUACGAUGACGUUUCUAGGCAGAUUUUCGACGUUUCUAAGGCG